CUGCAUUUCAUAAGGACUUUCCUGGUUGUGAUAAGCUUAUCAAGCUGGCCGGGGGUCUUACACAACACAAAUGACGCUGUCGCCAGAAGUUUCUCUUUCGGGUUAAGCUGCGGGCAAGUGCCGGUUAUCUUAUCGCUUCCCCAGCUUCAGCGGCACGCGGCAGUUGCUGCCCUAAUGUCGUCUAUCAGCUUUGCAUGUGUACACAACCAUCAGUCACGAUGAUUGCACAAGACGAUGAAAUCCAGCAGAUGCCCCCCUCAUCCACGGGAGAGGAUGUUCGUCUGGAGCAUCUUGGAUAUGAGCAGGAGCUCAAGCGGUCAUUUGGACUGCUAGGCAUGAUUGGGUUCAGUUUCAGCGUGGUUACCUCGUGGACGGCACUCAGCGGUGUCUUCAUCGUGGGAGUCACCUCCGGGGGUCCUCCGGUCAUGGUGUUUAGUUUCAUUGGAGUCAGUUUGCUCACGCUGGCCGUUGCCAUCCCCAUGGCCGAGAUGUGUUCGAUGUAUCCGGUGGCAGGCGGCCAAUAUUCCUGGGUUGCAGCCCUAGCACCCCCGAAGAUCGCGCGGGGACUGUCUUAUGUGACAGGCUGGUUCAUGAUAAUCGGUCUCCUAGCAAUGGGCGCCACCAACAAUUCCAUCGCGGCGCAGUUCGUCCUGGGCAUGGCGAACCUCGUCUUCCCCAGCUACGAGAUCCAGCGCUGGCAGACCGUGCUCGUCGCCUACCUUGUCGCCCUCCUCGCCGCCGCGAUCAACAUCUGGGGCCCGCACCUCCUCAACCGCCUCGCGCGCUUCAUCCUGAUCUGGAACAUUUCCGCCUUCUUCAUCACGAUCAUCGUCCUCCUCGCGACCAACGACCAUAAACAAUCCGCCUCCUUCGUGUUCGUCAACUUCCAAAACACCACCGGGUGGGACCGAGCGAUGGCUGCCAUCGUCGGCAUUCUGCAGGCCUGCUUCGGGAUGUGCUGCUAUGACGCGCCCUCGCACAUGACCGAGGAGAUGAAGUCGGCCUCGAAACAAGCUCCGCAGGCCAUCAUCUUGAGCGUGGUCCUGGGCGCCCUCACCGGCUUUGCAUUUCUACUCGUCUUGUGCUUCUGCAUCGGCGACAUCGACGCCACCGCCAACUCCGCCACCGGCGUCCCCGUCAUCCAGAUCUUCUACGACUCCACCGGCAGCAAGGCCGCCGCGUGCGUGCUGGCCAGCUUGAUUGCGGUGAUCGUCAUCGUCGCGGGCAACAAUAUCCUCGCGGAGGGGUCCCGCUGUGUGUAUGCGUUCGCGCGCGACCACGGCCUCCCCUGCAGCACCUGGCUCGCUAAGGUGGAUCAGACGAAACAGGUCCCCGUGAAUGCGGUGUUGCUCACGCUGGUCGUGCAGUUGGCGCUGGACGCGAUUGAUUUCGGGACGAGUACGGGGUUUGAGACGGUUAUCGCCAUCUCUACGGAAGGGUUUUACCUAUCCUACGCAACCGCCCUCGCCAGUCGUCUCCUCGGCUUCAUCACCUCCCACAACAGACAAAUGACCGGCCCGUUCGCCCUCCCCUCCUCGGUCUCCAUCGCCCUCAAUGUGGUGGGCUUGUUGUUCUUGUUGUUUGCGUCGAUUACCUUCAAUUUCCCGACGACGUACCCGGUCACCGACCAGUCGAUGAACUACACUAGCGCGGCGAUUGGGGUGAUUGCCUUGAUUGCGCUGGGGACGUGGAUGAGUACCGGGCGGAAGCAUUUUACAGGGCCGGGGGGUGCCCAAGGGCUUCCGGGGGGAAGGGUGGUAGAGCAGGGGAAGGCCGUUGAGGUGGAUGUCGAUGGGAUGGUGGACCGGGAGAAGAAAGGGUGACUUCUUCUGUUAUGGUACUGUGUCGGUAAUCAGGAGGAGUAGUGUAGUGGUGUCUUGAUAGUUAUAUGCAAUUGACUUACAUAAUUCGUGGUAUCAGUCGUUGUGGUUCUCAGCUUGGGAUGUUGAUGACUGUUUCGGGUUGGGAGAGG